AAACGGUCGAACCGGAGAGAUAUGAGUGUCAUAUCCUGAUUUCCCCACUCGACGCUGAUUUCUUCUCUGCUUCUGUAAUUUCUCCAAUUCAUUGAUCAGAUCAGCCAUGGAAGACGAGAUUGAAUUGAAAACUGCUCCUGCUGAUUUCCGGUUUCCUACAACAAAUCAAACUAGGCACUGCUUCACUCGGUACAUCGAGUUUCACAGGUGUACAACUGCAAAGGGAGAGGAGUCUAAUGACUGUGAAAGGUUUGCCAAGUAUUACCGUGCCCUCUGUCCUGGAGAAUGGGUUGACAAGUGGAACGAGCAGAGGGAGAGUGGAACUUUUCCAGGUCCUCUUUGAACCAAGCCUUCAAUCUUGAUGAAGAGGCAAUCAAGUCCGUAAUAAUACAUGGUUUCAAAGUUAAUUUCUUGCUUGCGUGUGUAUGUUUUGGCCUUAUUAUUUCCUCUCUAGUGUAAGUGUUUUAUUGGGAUGUCUAAGAAAGGCCAAUCAAAUUAUAAUAUGAAAACAUUCGCUUAUUUUGUUUGGAACUUAUAAUACCAGAAUGCAUAAACUAGACUAAUGUUGGAUGGAAUUUCCAAAUUUAAAUGUGAAUAACAAGUUAAUGGUACAUAAA